AUGGAACAAAUGCGCUACGACGAUGGAGCGAUGUUGGUUAGAAGAAUACCGGGAGAUGGACACUGUUUGUUUGCAGCACUGACUGCCCAGUACUAUGGCUUAGAGGUUGGUUCGCGAGAGCACACUGCCAAAGUUUGGCAACUCAGGAAACAGGUUGUCAGACACAUCAGAGAUAAUCUGGAGGAGUUUAGAAUAUCAUUAGAAGACACAACAAGCGAGAUGCAUAACUUAGGAAACAACACGGAAGAGAAAAUAGAUUCAUUUUUGAGAAGACUAGAAGGUACCAACCUAUGGGGUGGCCAAGAAACGAUAGCAGCAGCAGCAUCUAUAUUCAACAGAAGAAUCGAUGUCUACUACGAACAAGAUCCAAUUAUACAAUUUAACCGGUGUGCGGCCGCAGCAGGAGUAUUAAGAAUCGCAUACAGAUCAGCUGGAAGAAAUGCUUUAGGAUAG